AUAAUAUUAAAUUUAAUAAAACACAAAAAAAAAUCUCUAAUAAAACUAAUCCAAUAGGAAUCCAGAGCAAAUUAGGGUUUUUCUGGCUGCAGCUCAUUAAUCCAUUCAUCCGAGCUCUACAGUCAUCAGCAAUGGCGGAACAGACGGAGAAGGCGUUUCUGAAGCAGCCCAAGGUGUUUCUAUGCUCGAAGAAAUCGGGGAAGGGUAAGGCGCCGGGGAAAGGGGGAAACCGCUACUGGAAGAACAUUGGACUAGGGUUUAAAACGCCGCGCGAGGCAAUCGAAGGUACUUACAUUGACAAGAAAUGCCCAUUCGUUGGCGAUGUAUCCAUCAGAGGCCGUAUCCUUGCUGGUACCUGCCACAGUGCUAAAAUGAUGAGAACAAUCAUUGUUCGCAGAAACUACCUGCAUUGGGUGAAGAAGUACCAAAGAUACGAGAAAAGGCAUUCAAAUAUCCCAGCUCACAUAUCCCCCUGCUUCCGCGUGAAAGAGGGUGACCAUGUCACAAUUGGCCAAUGCAGGCCCCUGUCGAAGACUGUCAGGUUCAACGUUCUUAAGGUGAUACCAGCUGGUUCUUCCGGCCUGGGCAAGAAGGCUUUUACUGGAAUGUGAGCACCUGAAUUUCAUUUUGGCUGUUGAAGAUUUCGAGUGAUACCUCCUCUGAAAAGAAGUUUUGCAGUAUUUGGUUGAAGACUUGUUUACUUAGCACUGUUUCGUUCGUUUAGUUUGAACUAUUUAUGCUUCCUAGCUUGACGAUGAAAUGCAUCUUAGUUGGUACGUUGUGUAUCUCCAAGGGCAAAUGAAAAACUAUAAUCAGUAUUUAUCUUUUUUAAAACAA